AUUGUUUCCACAAAUAACGCUACGCCCACCGACUUGGGAGUCGGUGAACUUCUGCGGAAAAGCUGAAGCGUAGGGUGGACUGUGUUUCCACAGAAGGAAUUUUCUUCGAAGCUCUCUCACAGCUUCCCAGCAAAGCAAUUGUCCUGUCUUUAUUAAUAAUUCGCAUUACAUGAAAUGAAAUGAAAUCACUCCCCUCCUCCUUCACUUUUCAACUUCAUAGAAGAGAUCAGGCACCCCAAAUAUGGACUCCAGUUUGCCGGAAAACUUGAUCGCUCUCCGGGAUAACGCCGUUCAAGAGCUGACCGAAGCCCAUGACUGGGCGAACCAGCUCAGAGCCAUCAUCAACGAGCCCUUCGGUACCGAUAGAUCGGUGGAAGCCGAUUACCUAAUCACGAAAAUUUUGGGAUCGUUCACGGAGACUAUUUCGAUGCUGAAUUCCGGCAAGGUUACCGAUCCAGUUCCGGCGAAGCCAGCUGGGGUACCCAUGAAUUCGGCUAGCCGGGAGUUUAGAGUUUCCGAGGAGCGUAUGAAGAGUUCUUCGGCGUUAAAAAACAGGAUGGUGUUCAAGGAAAGAAAGACUGCCAUCCCCCGGACAAGAAUCACCCCAAAUUUACUCGACGAUGGCCAUUCAUGGAGGAAGUUUGGACAGAAAGUUAUCCUAGGUUCCAAACACCCAAGGAACUACUAUAGGUGCGCUUUCAGAAAUGAUCAGGGUUGCCAAGCCAAAAAACAGACUCAAGUAACCGAUGAUGACCCAUCAAUGUCCGAGACGAAAUAUCUUGGCGAGCAUACUUGCAAAAAUCAACUUGCAGCUCCUCCUCAGAUAAUCUUGGAUUCUACUACUCCUAUGGAGCCCAUUAAUUUCAAUCAUUUUUUUAGCUUUGGCUCAAGCAAUAGCCCAAACGACGAAUUGGAUUGCCAAUCUUAUUCUACCUCAACAACAAUCCAUCACCCUCCUGUGAUUAUUUCCAGUUAUAGGACUUAAGAGCGUUUCAUUUAUUUGGGUCUAGUCCAGUGUUGUCGUCAGGUUCUGAUCAAGUGGACGUCCAUGAGUACUAGUGUGCUACUACUGCUGUGUUUUUUUUCCCCCCUCCGGCUUUGAUGCAUAAGUGCUACCCGUUUGGUUACGUAGUGUGUGUAAUUACAUGCCACUGCUGAAUGUGUGAUUACUAUUUUAAUACUGUAGUAUAAUAAUUGCUAA